AUGAAUCAUUCUACUAUUGAUAACCAAACAGGAUCUUGUGAAAAUAAUAACAACGAUAUAUCUGCUGUUGAUAAUUUUAAUGUUUUUGAAAGUGAAGAUAUUAAAAGUUAUGAUAUAAAACAUGAUUCAACAAUAAUAAAUUCUGAUACUGUUAACAAUUUUAAAAAAGUAACUACUGUUACUAAUGAUUAUGGAGAUAAAGGAAAUGAAUUGAGUAAUAAAAAUUAUCAAAGAUCUGCAUUUACUUAUCUUCAAAUAAAGGACGAUUUACCUUCAUUUAAGUUUUAUCAAUCUCUUUUAAGAAAAAUAUUAGAAAUGGACUUUGAAGAUGAAAUUCUUUCUGUGAAACAGGAUAAUGAAAAAAGAUUUGAUGAAGUUGAAAACAUAUUAUUUAAGGCUAUUUAUUAUGUUUUUAAAAAAACUGAGUUAGAAUUUCAUGGUUUAUAUAUAAUAACAAGUAUUCAAGAAUCACUUUCAAAUAUUUUAGAAUUACCUUUGAAUUUUUCUAUUAGAAAAACUUUGUUUAGUCUUAUUUUUUUUAUGACUUCACAUCCAAGUAUAAAAGGAAAAUUUCAUUGUACCAAUGAAAGAUUAGCAGAUAUAAUUGCUUACAACACUUAUUUAAAAUAUUUUGUUCCAUUUUUAGAAAUAGCCAUCAUAGAAACAAUAUCAAUUGAAGAAAAUUUUGAAUUUAGAAUUAUGGUUAAGAUGUUGUAUGAUAGAAUUUGUUAUAAUUUUAAUUAUAACAUUUUACCAUUACAGAAACAAUUUGUUGAUCAAUAUUUAUCUUUCUUAAAAUUUGGUUUAGAAUUAUUUUCUCAGGGUAUUGUUAAAAUAUUUUCAUCUUGUAAAGAACAUAAAGAAAAAAUAGAAAUAGAAUUUGUUGAUACAAUUUUAGUUAUUGAAAAUAUUAUAAUUCAUAUUUUGUAUAUAGUUCAACGUAGAGGUAAUAAACGUCUCACUAAAGAAACUUUUAAUGGACCUACAAAAAGAACAUUAUUUACACUUGGAUUAGUUAUAUAUCAAAUUGGAUAUCUUUUUUUAACACAUGGUAUUCAUUAUUUAAUUUUUAUUCAUCAUGUUAAACUUUGGAAAAUAAUAAUGGAAUUUAUUAUAGAUUCUGAAGAUUUUGAUGACGAUGAAUCAUUAAAAGAAGAAGUUAUUUCUAAUUUUGGUUGUUUAGAAAAUUUUAAAAAUUGUUUUGAUGAUCUUGUUAAAUUAUAUAUAGAUAAAAAAGAAGAAGAAAGUAAUAAGUAA